AGUAGAAAUACCCACCUUUCACAAAAUGAAAAAAUUUCUUUCAAAAAAUCUCAGCCUCAGAGAAUUAGGAUACCACAAAUCGUAAGAAAAUAAUUUUUCAUCAAAAUUCUAAUUGUUCAGCAUCGUGAUGAAUAGUGAUUAUUGAGCAUUUGCACCCAUUAAAAAUUAUCCUACUGUAUAAUUUACCGCUGAAAGUUUAGAAGGAAGUAACUCAAGAAUCUCAGUUAAACUUUGUACAAAACUUUUCGUCAAAACUACGCUUUCGGUCACAGCGUUUCCGAGAACGGAUAUGAAGAUAUAAUAUUGUUCGUAUAGAGAAAGGAAACUGUUUAAAGUUUAAAGGCUCGGUUAUACGAGAGAAAAGAUGGCUAGCCGUAGUGCCAAUUCGGAGCAAUAUGACGAGAAGAAGAAGGAGAAGAAGAAGAAUCAUGAAACGAAAGAUGAAAAGGAGAAUAAGGAGCAACCGGCAGACAGGUAAAUGCAUUAAUGGAGUAAAACUUUACGGUAAAAAGGAACAAAGUAGAGGUGAAUCGUACCCCGUGGGUCGAUCGUCAAUAUUUUAUCGCUACGUCGCGCUCGUAAAAGUGUGGGUAAAUGGUGUAAAAAAUAGAAAAUAAAAAAAAAAUGAAACAAACUUAAAAAAAAAAAAGAACAAAGGAAGGGCACUGCCAUCGAAAUCACCCCUGCGUCUUGGGAUGACCGAACAAGUUUAGUGCACCUUUGGGGUUGCGAACAGGGCGCUGUAGGGUUCAAAAGACUUUCCAUCUCUAAUCCUCCGGUCAGGUUUAUAGUCAGGAAGAGGAAAGGAAUAAGGGAAAAAAAAAUGAACUCCGGUAAAAACUUUUAAUUUUUUUUUUUUUUCUCGUGAUUUCAACGCUACGCUUUAAUUCAGACGUCAAUAAUAAGCGAAAACUGCUGCGUUGGAACUCCACUUAAGUUUCGAAAACAGGAAAAAACAAAAAACCAACCACCCUCUCUUGAGUUAACAAAAUAUAUAAUCUCUGAAAAUGAAUGAACAUGGAAAUGAAUCAUCGGUUUUUGCUCUCGCAGCGGUUUUUUUUUCUCAUUCUUUUUUUUUACAUUUUGCUCCUUCCUGGUUUCUUUUCUUUUACUUCCUUUCUCCUUUUUUUUUUUUUUUGCCGCUGAAGAUAUAUCAUUGGAUGCUGCAAUUAUUAUUAAUUACAACCCUGUGACGCAAGCUUUAAGCGGUUUCUUUUCUCGGGAGGUAGUUUUUUUUUUUUUGUUCUCUUUUGCCGCAGUUACGCGAGAUCGAAGGGGAAAGGUAUAAGGGCAACCGUGGCGAAAUUUAUAUCGACGACGAAAAGUAAUCUGCUGUUUUUUAUUGCCCACUAUAACUUCCAAUAGCUGUGCAGUGGUAGUAAAACGACAGGAUAUCUCAAGAUCGAAGGUCGAUAAUUCCGAAUGUCAAUCUAUUCGUUCGGUCCGUUGGUAACAGUUCCUCAUCGUCGAAUUCUACCUCGAUCGUUAUACAUCCGCAACUCAUCUUCAAAUUUUUUUAUCCAACGAAGUUUUCAAUACAGUUGCAUGUUACCCAGGCAACUAAUCCCUAAUCCCAACCGAACUACGUAUACGUUUUUCCGAAUAAUACAACGCUCUGAAAACCAAAUGCAUUGAUAUUAUAAGCUGAGGAAUUGCGAGAAUUAGAUUCUGAAUCGGACGCUGAUUCAAAUUCUGGUAUCACGCGAAUGCCUAGUGAAUUAUUAUUAGGGACCGUUGAAAUGGCGCUCAUUUACCGUAAGGACUUUGUGAUAUUGGUUCGUAAAACGUUGGCUGUGAUAUACCGUUGGAAAAUUUUUGUUCCUUUCAAGUUCACUAACGAGUUUUUCGUUAGUUCUAUAUCGUACUUUUAUCCGUCUCGCGCAGAAGCUCUUUAGAAAAAAAAAGAAAAAAAAUUACUAAUAUUGAGAGAAAAGUAAAAAAAAAACGAUAGAGAUGAGAGAAAUCAUCUCUGAGCCGCCACAAAGACUGAUAUUUUCUCGAUAUAGUGUCUAGAUGCGCACGAAUCGCUUAUAAAAACCUCAUCGGAUCAAAAGUCGGAAAAACACGAACUUUUCUGCGCUAGGGAUCCAUUAAAAUAACUCGAUUUAUAAAGCGCCUGAGUGAAAAGGCGAUAGAAGCGAAGCAUAACUGUGUAGAUGUACGUAUAUAUACGAUUUUGGGGAAAAAAAAGAAAGAAAAAAGAAAAAGAGAUAGUAAAAGAGACGCGGCGGUUCAAGCGAAAGUUUAGAGUGAACUGAUCGUCGAAUGGCCAACGGGGAAAAAUUCUCUACUGAGAAAAUCAGCUCAGAGGAUAUCUAUGCUGGACAAUAAAUUGGAUUUUUCUAGCUACUGCAUUGAUUGAAAGCGAUAUUUUAUUGGAUACUAUACGGAUAACGUCACCCAGUUUAUAUACCUAUUUCGACUCUCUACCAACAUUCGGGAAGAAAAAAAUUACGCCGUGAGCCAGCUCAGCGCUAAUAAAUCACUUGGAUUCAAAAAGUUAUAAACCAAAUAACUGAAUGAACUGCAACUAAAGUUUAUCACAUACAUCAUCGAAUCCGAAACUAUCGCACUAAGAUCUAAAACGAUUCUCGAUCUCGACUCUCAUCUGCUAGCCAGGAAUCAUAGCGAUAAUUCGAAAUCAAAAUAAGUUCACGAAAAACAAGCUACCCUUAGUUUUUUUUCGAAACAAAAAGGCAUAAAGAAAAAUCUUCAUUGAUUCACGAAGCGUCUUUUCAAACCAACUAAUAUUAAAUCGAUAUAACUGCAAGUGCGGAUGCUCAAUGGGUAUCAUCUAAAACACCUACGUUGGCUAAAGGAUCAUAUUGUCGGUGGAAGAUACGGACCACGUGAAGAUUCAUCUCUCACAGGGUAUUGCUGUGGACUGGUAAAAGCUUUUCCUGCGCUACCAACGUGCAGCUUUCGUCUCCGCUUUACUGACCGGGCUUUUCGACCGUGUGCUUUUAUUUUUUGUUCGAUGACAAACGUACGGCGCGCGCUUCGAGCAAAAAUCAAGGCGCGCCGGCUCAAACCUUGAUCUCGACUACUUACAUUUUCGCUUUGCCGUAUACCAGUCGCGUCGUAUCCACCGUCAGCGACGCUAUUUCUAGCGGUCGCAACGCUGAAGUAAAAACGAAACAAAUCGAAAAACUAAGACAUAACGAAUUCAGGACGAUGCCAUUUGAAUAUAACGAUAAACUUUAACGUGUGAUGAAAAAAUAUCCCAAGUUCCUUCACAGUUAUUUAACUCGAUUUUUGAACGUGAAAAUUAAAUGAUAAAAUUCACGACGAACUAUCCACCCGAUUCUCAUUUUCUCGUGUGAAUAAUUUCGAGAUUCUCAUGUGUCUGGAUCGGAGUUUGGUCUGACGAGUAAAGAACAUUCUGAAAUUUUUUAACAAAUUUUUUUACCGCUGCAGCGAACAUUUGUGGCGCGUCAAACGAAGGCCUACGACUACGAACAUCCGGUGUGCCGCUUUCUGCAGCCGGACAUACAACUACAGAUAAUAAUAUAUCGGUAUAAAUAUGAGCAUAUCGAGAAAAAUAAAUCACCAUAAGUUUUCACAUAGUUUAAUAUAACACUCGAUAAAUUCAUUGACAAAAAAAAAGGCAUAUUGCGACUGUUAAGGUUUAUCGUAAAUGUAAAUCGAUUGCUGCCCGAAAGAGAAAAAAUUCAGAAUUCAUUGCACGAUCGAAGUUGAAACAAGUAUUGAUAUUGCACAAUAUCGCAAUACCGACUUCGUUCUUCUCUAUAAUCACAUCAACGAAUCUUUCGUAGUGAUACAAGUCACUCGAUCACUUGAAUCUCUUUCUUCUCAGUCUUCUUUUCUCCAACUUCAAACUGAUGAUAUCACCAGCUCGAACGAUUUGUAGAAGAGAAUUGAAUUUUUGAAUUUUCAUCCUUGAUAAAAGCGAGUGAUGAUAAUAUUGUUGAUAAAUUUGAAAGGAUACAGCACUCUUCAGAGAAAGAAAAACAGUGAUAUUAUUCAACGGCGAUCCUGAAACAACAAAAUCUUGACAGAUAUUGAAAAAAACCAUUACCAUUUAUAUCGUUUUUGGUAAAAGCAAAAACUGAAAAUUGUAUAAAUCAGCAGUUGCGAUGAAAGCUCUAUACUUGCUGAUGUUCACAAAUGCAUUGAAAAGCGGGUAACGUUUUUUAUUUCUCUUUCAAAUAUGAAUAUGUUUGAUCGAUUUUUUUUUGAGAAAACACCCAAGAUUUGGAACAUAACAAUCAAUUUUUCACACGAAUACGAAGAAUUUUUUUUCACGCAACGUGUUAUGCUUGCACAAAUUUAAGCAAAUGAUGGUAUUCGAGAUAAACGGGGAGAACAGCUGACUUUUAAUUGGUCGAAAACCUCAAAACGAGUUACGAGAUUUUUACCGGUGAUUAAGAAAAAAUUUUAAUGUCGUUCUUCACGACGGUUUUAAUAAUUAAGGAGAUGCUGGAUCUCGAGCGAAAAAGAGAUAUGAAUCCUUUGCAAUAUUUUCUGAACCUUCGCACACACACACACAACAUUUGCGGAGUGAACUUCUGAGGUAGAUAUGAAGGGGUGAGUCUUGUGUGCCGAGAAGUUGAAAAGCAUACGGAAGAAGAAUAAGAAAGAAAAAAAGAAGAAAAAAAGAAAACGGAGAAUCUCGUGGAAAAGAAAAAUUGUGCGAGGAUCAUAAGUUGAAGCAGCGGAAUCGGAUGAAAAUCAUGAAAAUUUAUUGCCUGCCGUAAACCUAACUCGACGUAUAAACAGAAACUUCAUAAUCAGUUAUCAAAUUUACGAUAUGUUUUGAUAAAAAAUAAACCAAUGAUAUACGGAAAGGAUUUUUUUUCUCAAAUUAACACGGAGAUGAUUUAAUUUUUUCUUCUCAAUUUUUCUAACAAUUUGGUAAACGUGGAUAAAUUAAAUGAAAAAUUUGCAGUUUUUUUUUUUUCAAACAGACGAUCACCUGUGAUAUAAAUUUUGGCCGAAUGUUGAGGAAAUAAAUGAACGAAUAAAAAACGUGUUUUCUCGAGGAGAUAAUUUUACGGUAAAUUAAUUGAUAAAAGAAUAAAAUUCCAACAAAAUGGAACCGAUUUGCAACGUUACGUUCAACACCACAGUUUGUAUGUUCAAUCAAUCGAACUUCGAUGAUUUUGGAUUUGGAUUCGAUCAUCAACUUCUUCAGAGCAUAGUUUCUAUAGCUGUGCCCUUGUUGUUCGGUUUAAUCGGUAUCGUUGGAUUGGUAGGAAAUUUUCUCGUCGUAAUUGUGGUAGCAGCUAAUCCUGGAAUGCGAUCAACAACUAAUCUGUUAAUAAUCAAUCUAGCCAUAGCAGAUUUGUUGUUUGUGAUAUUUUGUGUACCGUUUACUGCUACGGAUUACGUACUGCCUUUCUGGCCAUUUGGAAAUUUAUGGUGCAAAGUUGUUCAAUAUUUAAUCAUCGUCACAGCUUGCGCCAGUGUGUACACCCUGGUUCUCAUGAGUUUGGAUAGAUACUUGGCGGUCGUCCAUCCGAUCGCUUCGAUGUCGGUACGAACCGAAGCACACGCAUUUUUCGCGAUAUGCAUCGCGUGGGCCGUUAUUCUGAUCACCUCCAUUCCAGUACUCAUUAUGCACGGCGAGAUAUUUUCUGCGUUUCAGGAUCCGUAUAAUUCUACAACAGAGCAGCUAACGGCCUGCAGAUUUCUACCGCAGUUUAACUGGCCAUUGUUCCAAGUAACGUUCUUCCUGACCAGCUACAUAAUACCCCUGACUCUCAUCUGUGGUCUGUACGUCUGUAUGCUACUCAGACUAUGGAGAGGAGCUCACGUUAGCGCGGAAAGUCGCAGAGGGAAAAGAAGAGUAACCAGACUUGUUCUGGUCGUCGUUGGAGUCUUCGCGAUUUGCUGGUGUCCAAUUCAGUUAAUUCUGGUGAUAAAAUCUCUGGAUCUUUAUCCGAUGUCGGCCGCAGCGGUUAUGGUACAAAUAGUGAGCCACGUCCUCGCCUACAUGAACAGCUGCGUAAAUCCGAUAUUAUACGCAUUUUUAAGCGAUAACUUUCGAAAAGCAUUCCGCAAGGUAAUAUACUGCAGACCUCGCCCUGAUCCUCACCAUCGUCCUGGAGGACCGCCCACGAAAACAACCCGAGCAGCCAGCACGGGCGAUAUACUAUAGGUAAGGGGCAACCUAGGCAACAAAUUGUUUCACCGUAACCAAGAAAAAGUAACUGAGUUAUAAUGGGGAAAAACUAGAAAGUGAAAAUUCGUUUUCUUUUUUCUUCUAAUAACAAAUAACACGGGAUGGUUAUAAUAAAGAUGAAUAUUUAAAGUUAUUUAAAAAAAGAUAUGUUAUUAACAUCAUUAAUAACUAUUAUUAAUUCUAGUCAAUACUACGCUUAUAUACGAUGUUUCGAUAUAACCAUAAAAAUUAUACAUUUGUAAUAUGUAACAUGCGCUGUAAGUUUAUUAAUUUUUAAACGAAUACGAAAAUUAUGAUUUAUCUCGCUGAACUAAAGACGAAGUUAAUGACGUUCUAUACUUAUUCAGAAUAGUUUAAAACUUAUUACGUGCUCAGUGUACCUAAUCAGAAUAUCAGGAGGUGGUGGUCAGUCAUGAUCAAACAAGGGAAAAAAAAUUAAAAUCUCUAUCGAUUUAAUUUGAGAGAAAAAAUUCGAUAAGCUCCUUUGCUAACUUGAACAAAUUUUUUGUUUUCUAAACUUAAAAAAAAAAAAAACAAGAAACUCGUUGCAAUUCAUUGCAGUGCUAGUAACACGAAGUCCGUAUACCGAGACGAGAAAUGAGAGGCAAUCUAAAACUAGAAUGAGCUCUGAUAUGGGUUGGGUCGUUGCCAAAGCCGCCAUUUCUAUUUUUUUUUUUUCUUGUUUUGUUUUCGUCCUGAUGUAUUUCACACCCCUGUAGAGCUUGCACAAUAUACGCAAACGUUACAUAACGACAUAGAAACAACGUGGUACGCAGUUCAUUCUGCGAGACAAAAUACAUGCGAAAAAUAAAGAAUUCGUAAAGAGAAUGUAAUAUCGAAUUCUUGAAAUGGAAGAAGAAGAAGAAGAAGAAUGAAAAAAUGUAUCUCAUACUGGAGUAAAGGAGAACUACGAGCCAUUUUUUAUUUGAAACAUUUCGAUUUCAGUUUCGAAUCGAAUUGAAUUUCAUUUUCAAUUCUACGGUCUAUUCCGACCUUUAUCAUGAAGCAUUAUUCAUACUCAACGCUUCUUGCCUGUAGCUUGAAAACCCCACCUUGCAAAUAUUACCUAGUUCGCAGCACCCCAUCAGUCUUUCGACAUAUCGAUAUAAGUGUGCAUGUGCGCUGUAGAAAUAUUUAACCACACAACUCAAUUUCUCGUCGAGAAGACAGUCUAUUUCCUUUUUUUUAUUCAUUGAUUUACAUUUAUUCCUUAUUUCAUACUUAUUACUUUUUGAUUUCGAAAUAGAAUUUCUCGUCUGGAACUGAUAGUGUGAUAUAAUUGGAGAGCUGUAAAUGAAAAAUGGAGGAGUAGAAAAUAUGGAGAAAUUGCAAACAAUUUUCUCAGAGGACACAGAUAUUAUUUGAGCCAAGGUUCAGCUACUACAGUUCAAUUUUGUUGGUUUUAUUGUUUUUUUUUCUUCUGAUUUUUCUAUUGAAAAUGAGAUAUCGAUCGCCGACAGUUAUUAUUCUUCCGCAGAACUGUGAUCUCUAAUUUCGUCUCGAUCGAAUUUCUACGAGAUGAAAGUUACGUAAAAGACGCGUAAGAAUCUAAUACAGUAUUAUAUACGUAUCUUCUCUUUUAUCGAAAGUGAUUUAACAUUUAUUAUACAAGUAUCACUUACUUUUAGACUAAUUGAAUUCAAGUGAAAUUUUUUCAAUUGCACGAGUUUACCCUAUUUCGAUUAGAACGAUUUUUCGAUUUAUUUGAAUCGGAAAUCUCGGAUACAAGUAAACUAUAUAAAAUUGCAGUUUACUCUAAUCUGGUUGCCGAGGCUUGUAAUCGCGACCCAAAAUUUCAUACCUCUAAAUACUACUCGUGACCUAUUGGACUUUUGCAAAAAAUUCAACUGACUUUGCACGAAUGCGGGAUACCGGAUAAGGGAAGCGACAAUCGAAAAAACUUUCUGUCCGAAGAAUGGUGAAAAAAGAGAAGUUGUAAAAAAAAAAAAAAGAUCAUGAGUUAUCCCACCCGUACCUUCAGGAAGCAAUGAAUCGCGAGUAAAUCUUCGAGCCUUAUAAAUUUUCAAGUCGAAAUAAAUUACGAGUGCCCAUUUUUUUCCUUUCGUAAAUUAUGCUAAUUAUUGCCGUACAUGAAAAUCUAAUUUCUCAACUUUGCAUAAAUUUUUUGAAAUUACUUUUGAUACUGUUUGAAAAAAAUUUCUCUAUAAUAAAAACCGUCAAAUGGCAUGAACUAAUGCCGUACUGUCUCUCUAAUAUCGUAGAAUAUUUUAUAUCGUCUUGCAGCGAUUUAUACAUAUUUUUACUGUACAGUAAAUUUUUGAAAAAAUUUUUAUCGCAGCAGCUGUACGUUCGACAGACUCGUCGCAUCAAUAAUGCAAAGGUGACUUUCGAAGGUGACACGUGCAAAAACUUUUUUGACGGAUCUACAGCUCUUUUGAACCGGGAAAAAUUUGAGCCAUGACACUUUUUUCAAAUUUCCAAAAACUUCAUUCUUCUCUCUUGUCUCUUUGUCAACGCGAAAUAAUGAAAUUUGAAUGUUCGUUUUACCGAGAGACACGACACUCUUGCGGUAAAAUAAAGUAGAGGUUUUAUUACAUCCCUUUUUCUAUUCCUUUUUGAUCUUUUUAUUAUAUUCUCUUUGCUGCACUCGCGUGGGUUAUAUUCACUGCAGCACGCAGGACAAUCGACGGAAAAAGGACAAUGGGGCGUACGUCAUGUUUCAUACGUAUAUAUCAAGCUUUAGUUCUCUGUUGAGUGCGGAUCAUGUGGCGUACUGUAUAAAAUGAUCCAAUUCUAAAUUGACACUAUAAAAAAUAAGUAAACGGAGAAAACGCGUAUACAUCGGUGGAUGUGAGAUGAACGGUUAGAAUCCAUUCGAAAAAAUCUUCUUUUUUAUCACAGAUCUUGCGGUCGCUUGCGUCAAAUCGGGUAUGAAAUUGAAAAAAACUUCGGACUUACGAAAUAUUAGAUUUCACUGUGGUACACCGCGUGAUGGACGUAAUCAAAAAAAGAUAAAAAAAAAAAAAAAAAAAAAAGAAGUUCCGGCAUGAGUGAUCGAAGCAAUCUAGCAUCUGUAACUCAAACUAUAUGACAUUCGAGAUCGAUUCGACAUCAUAUGGCAAACGCUGUUUCGAAUUUUUUUUCUUUUUUUUUUUUCUCCUCUUCUCAAGGACCUACAUCUUUUCAAGAAAACAAGAUAUCGGUAAAGGAGUCGCUCCUCCACGUCCAUAAUUCUGGUCCAUCGAUCUUCCUCCUUGUUCCUUCCGCUUCCACAUUUCCCAUCCCUCGGUAGUUGGCGGGUCAGGGGGUGAAGGGGGGGGUUGGACGGUGAUGUUCGUUUAUGCUGAUCCUGCGAGGGCAAGAUGUUACUUCCUUGUUUUGACGAGUUGUUGACUUGUUGGGUACAUAUUGGAGCCGUCCGUGUUUUCCCUUAGCAGAUAGAAGACACACGCAGAAAAGAGGAAAACGCCAAGGCAUUAAUUAAAAUGUUCAUCCGAUCGUCAAACAAAGACUGUUAAAGAAAAAAGUUGGUGAUACCGUACCACGUGAAUCUCUUCUUUCGCAAUAUCCAUCAAACCGACUCUUAAACAUUAUGAACGUACGUACGUACAUUGACCGGUUGGGGUGUGUUAAAAGUCUAGAAAGCAAACUGUUUUAUAUUCUUAUAUAUAUAUACAUCGUCCAAUUUCAUUCACCUACUGCACAUUUCAUUGUUCGGUAAACACUCGAAACUCACUAUUCAGAAAGUCACACACUCCAGAAAGAAAACUAUAAUAAAUUUUCACUGGAAUAGACGCUGAAAGUGUUUUACAAGCGUAUAAAAAUAAGGAAACGCAACAGGGUUCUUCUAGUUUUUUUUUUUUUUUUUUUGUUCUUCUUUUUUGUUCGAAACGUACUUUCGAAGCUACUGUCAGGCGGUAAAAUACCUCGUGAGGGAAAUUCACUCGCAAUAGAUAAUAAUACGAUAGGAAAGUUUGUUGAAAUUUUGUUUAUUCUACACGGUGUCUGGAUUACCCGAAGUCUUGACUAGAAUUCAGAGAAAAUUUCUUUUUGUUUUUCUUAAAAAAAAACAGAAAAAAAAAAAAAAGAAAAUUCAGCGCACUGCACUUUUCUCAGUCGUGUACGUCAACGGCGACUGUGCAUGAGAAUAUUUUUGUAACGUUUCCAGUCUCAUUUUAUUUUGUGCAGACGGUUGGCUUCGCAGUUGAAUGUCAGAGGUAAUAUUUGCUCUGAACAUAGCAAUGCUUCUCACACUAAGCAGUUGGCUGACGCAGAAUAGCGCAAAGUUUUCGUCUCUCCGUGUAAAUGCUUUCUCGUAAUCCACAGGUAUACCUAAUCUCCAACAUACCCCACCUUAUGUGUACUUUUACACCCUCCGAAGUGUCAAACGCAAUCCCUACCAUUAACUCCUAAUUACACCCGACGGUUUGCCCCGUACCUAAUUUACUAAUUGUAUCAUCGGACUAAUUACUCGUGGUUUACGGGCUGUCGUUUUAUUUCAAUACAUCAAUCUUAGUUUUUGUUUUUUUGUUUUUGUUUUUCGUUUCUCCGCGUUUUGUUUACUAUUUCGAAGGUUGUUUCACCUUUCAUGAUAAUUAACGUGAAAAUUUAUUGCAAUUCGUUUGAACGAGUAUUCGGAAUAACCGACGAGAAUAUGUCCGGAAAAUUGACGCCUUUCGGUGCACGUGAAAAGGCGACGAUCGUAAAAAUCGUAUCAAAAAAUUACGAAUGAGCAGAGAAUAUGCCGAGCGAAUGACCCAUCGGGGAUCUCGCCGAAUCACAGUUGAUCACGUCCGAGUGCUUAAAGCUGACGAUGAGUGCGCGAACGUAUCCUCGCUUUGUGAUAUUCCAUGUAAUAAUCCGUGCAUGUCCUCGGGACAGGCGGCGAACACGAUGGUUGUUGGUUUGGUGGUUCCACAGCCGAUCCACCCAGCCAAUUUGGACAUUGUCUGGAUUCUGGUACUCGAGAGUGCCAGCGGCACGCAUACCUUCCCACCGACAUACAUCUAUAUAUAUACACACACACACACCCCAUAUCUUCUAAUGUACGAACAUGUAUUCAAGCGAAUGUCCCUAGGAAGCCACAUGAAUUGUACGGCGGCACUGCCAAACGUCUGUAUAAACCUCGGUAACAUUAUUCACGUAGAUAUCAUGCUAUGUACAACAUAUGUAGGUACGCCUAUGUGCAGGUAUCCCUGUGUUACAUAUGUUAUACCAUGUACAGGCAUACGAGUACAGGUAUCUCUUUACAGUAAAACGGAACCCGUUGAGAUCUCAUUGUAUUUCCAGCGUUGGGUAUUGUCCGUCAUAUUGCCUCGCCAUUUGCAUUCAGCACCAGUUUAUUUGGUUCGGUGAUCAGAAAACAUCUAUUUCCAUGACUUCUUUUGUCAGUUCAAAGCGAUGACUGUUGUGGCGAGCGUAUAUCGACAAUGUUCGUCGUGCAUGUUAAAAAUUCCGGUUAAAUAUAUGCUCGUAACGAAAAUAAAAAAGAAUAAAGAAGAAAAAACGAGAGCUUUUUCGCGUUCGUUCGGGGAUGAAGGGAUGAUGUAGAAAAAAGUAAAACCAGUAAUCAACUGGAAAUACAUGUCGAUCCAAAGUUGGAUUCUUUUCAUUCCCUUUUUUUUUUUGCACGUUCUCUCUCGAUGUAAAUUUCGAAACUACGUCGCAUCGAUUGUAAUAUAAGAAAUUUCUCUGAUAUGAAAAAUGACUCCGGCUACCACCACCGUUCGAGGUUCAAAAAAUGAAAGAUUGUAAUUAUUAAUAUUGAUAUACGUAACAAGUACGAAUAAUUAUUAGAAUACUGUAAAUAUAUCGAAAGUUCGUUCAACGUAAAUAACUAAAUAUAUGGUAUGUGUUGAGUAUAAAAUUCAUUGUCAUGCGUACAUAGAUGUGAAUAAUACCCGUUCAACGAUGAUCGUGGUGAACGGUCGAUAACAAGAAUUGAAGAAAAUUGUAAAUAAAUUGUAUAAAAAAAAAAUUGCUAAGUAAAAAUCGGUAUUCGAACAUAUAACAUAUAUGUAUGAUAGAUAAUAUUAAAUUCAGGUAGAUAUUUAUAACCAACUACAGAGUUGAGUGCGUGUAAAGUAGAUAUACCCGUGACUACAAAUUACAAAUAUUGAAUGCUAUGAAGCUGAUGAGGAUUUUGAGAAAGUAAUAUAAAUUUAAAUAUAUGGAUAUGUUAUUUAUUUAAAAUUAUAAAUAUAUAUAUAUAUAUAUAUAUUGUUGCUGUUAUCAUUUUUAAUAAUAUGUAAUAACAUGUAACGAUGUUAUAGUUUAUCUACGAGUUAUCGGUAUGAAUGUAUAUAAAUAUUACAUGACUAUAUAGGAUCAGAUAAUUGUAAUGAAUAUUAUCAACGAUAUAUGACAAAUAGAAUAUAAAUAUAAUAUAUUCAUUGAAAUAGUACAUUAUUUAUUCAGGUCAAUAGAUAAUGGCUUAUGAGCCCCUGCCUGUUCUGUCGACCCGAAUAACGUGCGCAAAAAUAUUUAAGAAAAACAAAAAAAAUAACAUAAAAUAAAGUAAAAUUUGAAAGAGUUA